UGGGCUGCGCCCCGCCCGGUGUCGGGGAUCCCGGGUGCGCCGAGGGCUGGGCCGGGCGGCCGGGCGGCGGACCGCCGGGCGCCGCCAUCUUGCCGUACGGCGGGAGCCGCGGGGCCGGCUCCCACGUCCCGCAGCCGUGUCGCCGCGCGCCCUCCCCUCGGGGCGGUCCCGCUCGGGGCUCGGCGCGGCGAGGCGAGGGCCGGAGCCUGGCGGCGGCGCUGCGGCCGGAGGCCCGAGAUGGUGAUCUGCUGCGCUGCCGCGAACUGCUCCAACCGGCAGGGCAAGGGGGAGAAACGCGCCGUCUCCUUCCACAGAUUUCCCCUAAAGGACUCAAAACGUCUGAUCCAGUGGUUAAAGGCAGUUCAGAGGGAUAACUGGACCCCCACUAAGUACUCUUUCCUCUGUAGCGAACAUUUCACCAAAGACAGCUUCUCCAAGAGACUGGAGGAUCAGCACCGCCUGCUCAAGCCCACGGCCGUGCCCUCCAUUUUCCACCUGGCUGAGAAGAAGAGGGGGGCUGGAGGCCAUGGCCGCACCAGGAGGAGGGACACCAGGAAGGCCUCGGGGGGUGUGAGGGCACACUCAAGUGACGGGGACGGGAAGGCAGCUGCAGGGUCGACAUCGUCCUCGAGUGAAAGCCCAAUGGCCAAGCCGGAGUCCCGCAAGGCGAAGCGGGCUGCACUGCAGGGUAAAGCCACACCCAGGGCCGCCCCGGGAGCUGCCAGUCCAGAACAGGCCCCGCAGGCCCCGGAAGGAAGUCCAGAUGGUGGUCCGGCCCCUGCCAUGUUUGGCAGCCAGGGAGCAGCCAGCGCGCUCACUGGAGACGCAGGUGAUGAGAACGCCACGUCCCCCGCCGGGGGCCUGGUGGACAAGAGUGGCAUUUCCAUGGAUGACUUUACCCCCCUGGGAUCUGGGGCCUGCAAAUUUAUUGGCUCGCUCCAUUCGUACAGUUUCUCCUCCAAGCACACCCGAGAGAGGCCAUCUGUCCCCCGCGAGCCUGUCGACCGAAAGAGGCUGAAGAGGGACGUGGAGCCAGGCUGCAGUGGGACUGGCCCGGGGCCCGACAAGGGCUCUGUGCAGAGCCCCCCGACCUCAUCCCUGACGGCGACACCUCAGAAGCCCUCCCAGAGCCCCUCAGCACCUCCCGCCGAUGUCACCCCGCAGCCAGCCGCCGAGGCGGUGCAGAGCGAGCAGAGUGACGCCAGCCCCAUGUCCAUCAACGAGGUCAUCCUAUCGGCCUCGGGCGCCUGCAAGCUCAUCGACUCGCUACACUCAUACUGCUUCUCCUCGCGGCAGAGCAAGAGCCAGGUGUGCUGCCUGCGGGAGCAGGUGGAGAAGAAGAAUGGCGAGCUCAAGGCCCUGCGCCAGAGGGUCAGCCGCUCGGACAGCCAGGUGCGCCAGCUGCAGGAGAAGCUGGCCGAGCUGCGGAGAGUGAGCUUCCCCUACCUGAGCAGCCUGCCGACCCCCGGCCACGAGCCCGCCAGGAUGAACCCCGUGGUGGAGCCGCUGUCCUGGAUGCUGGGCACCUGGCUGUCAGACCCGCCGGGCGCUGGUACCUUCCCGACACUGCAGCCCUUCCAGUACCUGGAGGAGGCGCACAUCUCCCAUGUGGGCCAGCCUAUGCUGAACUUCUCGUUCAGCGCCUUCCACCCGGACACACACAAGCCCAUGCACAGGGAGUGUGGCUUCAUCCGCCUGCAGCCCGACACCAACAAGGUGGCCUUCGUCAGCGCCCAGAACACAGGCAUCGUGGAGGUGGAGGAGGGCGAGGUGAAUGGGCAGGAGCUGUGUAUUGCGUCCCACUCCAUCGCCAGGAUCUCCUUCGCCAGGGAGCCCCACGUGGAACAGAUUACGCGAAAAUUCAGACUGAAUUCUGAAGGCAAACUUGAACAGACGGUCUCCAUGGCGACCACUACCCAGCCCCUGACGCCGCAUCUCCACGUCACCUACAAGAAGGUCACCCCGUGACCCCGGUAGAGCGUCUGGCCUGCGUGCUGACACUUGGGCUUCUCAGUGGCCAGGGCGGGGGCGGCACGGGUGUUCCUGGGACGGCAGAGCAAACCAAAUAAAAGGCCUUUAUUUUUA